AUGUCUGAGGUGCAAUCUCGUCCUACCGCAACGCGCGGUAGAGGCUCAGCUCGCGGCGGUCGAGGAGGGUUCUCAUCGAGAGGAGGUCGUGGUGGUGGUAGAGGUCACGCAACCAACGGAGAUCAUGCCACACCAGCCAUUGAAGAUGAGGGCGAGGUCGGCCAACUAAAGAGACAGUAUGGCAGCAAGGUCACAACCAUCAAGGAGAUGUUCCCAGAUUGGACAGACGAAGAUGUAGUAUUUGCUCUGCAAGAGACAGACGGCGACCUUGAGACCACUGUUGGUCGCAUCACGGACGGCACAAUCGCACAAUGGGGAGAGGUCUCGAAGGGUAAGAAAGAUCGAUCUAGAUCAAAGGCCAAGGACAUCUCAGCAACACCGUUUAGCGAUUCUACAAAUCAAUCUAGACCAUCCCGUGGUGGUCGAGCUGGUUUCGACAGCGGUAGAGGAGGCCGCGGUCGAGGCACGGAUCGAGGCAGAGGGGGGAAAGCCCGUGGAGCUUCGGUCGCACACACAAAUGGAUCACGCAAGGAGAACGAGCCAACAUCUGCCGCUCCAGAUACCACCGCAUUGGAUACUGAGAAGACCGCUGAAGAGACUUCGAAGCCAACCGAAUCUACCACAAAUGCCACCGAGGAGCCAUCGUGGGCCUCAUCGGUCCCAGAGCCCGUUGCUGCUGCUGCUAGCGCAGCUUCUAGUGUAAUUCCUGCUGGCAUCAAGAAGAGUUGGGCUAGCAUGUUUGCAGCCCCAGCACCUACUCCUAAAAAGGCUCCUGAGAACAUUGAGAGACCUGCAGAGUCCGUCAAACAAGAGAAACCAGCAGAGCUCCCAGUGGAAGAGCCAGAAGCCCCAGCUCCAUCCGAGCCUAGCCCUCCUAUCGAACCCGUCUCAGAACCUACCCCUGCUCCAGCUGUCACUGAGGAGGCCGAAGCCUCUAUCACGCCUUCUCAUGACGAACUCACAGAAGAUAACCUCGAACAGGUUCUCGAUACAUCAGCCCCCGCCCCACCGCCACCGCCGCAACCAAUUCGACCUCCACCAAGUAGUGGGUUCCAAGCCUCUGCUCUGAAGGCUACUGGUUCUGGAAGAACCGCAAGUUACCAACGCCGUGUUCUUGACCAGGAGGAAGCUGUGCGUAUGCCUGGAAAUAGAGAGGUCGACAGAGCCGCGGUUCAAUUUGGCGCCUUCAAUCUUAACGGAUCUGGGGACGAGGAUGUUGAUGGAGACCGUGAAGAGCCUGAGACCCGCGGCCAGCCACCACAGCACUCCCCUGUUGCUCCGCGAGCUUCAUUACCACCUGCGACCGCAACCCCUCAACCAGCUGCGAUUCCAGAACCCGCCCCAAAGCAACCCUCAGCUGGACUUCCCGCAGCUCCUCCAACGGCCGCACCUGGACUUCCAAGCCCACCUUCAUUGCCAAGUGCUCAAAGCGCGUCCCAGCAAGCCCCUCCAGCAAAUGCUCAAUACUCCCAGUAUGGUCGAUUUGGACAGACUGGAGCACCAGAUCAGCCAGCUGCCCAAAAGUCAUAUGAUGCUUUCAGUCAACAAGCACCAUCCACACAGAGUCCGUUUGAAGGGUACCCCAACCAAACCUCCCAAUCCCAACCACAACAAAACCAAUCCGGUGCCUUUUCCUCCGCCCCCAACGAAUACUCGCAGUAUUAUACCGCAGAUUCUCAACGAAAUGCUUAUAAUGGCUUCUAUAAUCAGCAACAGCAAUACGGUCAGGGUCAGGAGGGACCUGGCUCUCAGCAUCGAUCAUAUAGCGGGUUCAAUGGACCUCAAUCCGAGAGUUCAUCGCAGUUCCCACAAAGCGCCGCACAAGCAAGCCAGUCACGAUAUGCCACUGCUGGCGAGGGUCAGAACAGUGGACAUACUACGCCAAACCCAACCAGUCAGCAACCCGGUGCCAAUCCAGGAGCACAACCCCAGCAAGGUCACCCUCAACAACCUCAGGGUGGAAAUUACCCAUACGGCCAUCCUUACUACUCCAGUCCGUAUUAUGCUGCGUACAUGAACCAAUACCAGAAUUAUGGCGGCGGAAACUACCCUGGAGGACCUUAUGGCGGUAAAGGUGGACUCCAUCAACAACCAUACCAAGGUUACGGAAUGAGCCCAGGUGCACCAUACGAACAGCACGCAUCGUCUCCAGCCGCUGGUGGAUUUGGUGGUUCGUCUUUACACGGACGGGACAGUGCUAUAGGUGGUGGACUGGGUGAGUAUGGUCGUGGGUCCACUCAGUCUUCUCAGACUCCUCAAGGACUCGGGGCUAGUGGUGCAUUCGGAGGUGCAGCGCACGAUGCUUUCUCCCGAGGAUCCCCGUACCAAGGCCAAGGUCAACAGCAUUAUAGUGGCAACCAAGGUAGCCAGCCAAGUGCAGGUGAUGAUUUGAAACCUUUUGGUGAUUCCAAAACUGCCAACGGACCAAGCCCGUCACUCUCUCAAGCUGGACGUCCAGGAUCUGCAACCAACGCAGCACCAGGGUCUGCACUACCACCAUCGCAGUCUCAAGGAGGAUAUGGAGGCUACCCAAGCCAUCACCAACAGGGGGUGCAUGGUAGUCAAGCCGGAAGUCAGUACUCUGGCUUAGCAGGGGCAGGAGGCCACCAAGCUGGAGGUCAAGGUCACCAAAACAGCCAGUACGGCGGAUAUCAAGCUUUUGGCGGCAAUUAUUAUGGUAACAACCAGCAACGCGGUGGCUGGGGCGGCAACUACGGACACUAA